AUGUCCGUGGCCACCUUGCAGCGUGACACCGCGUUCCAGGUGCGGUCUUUGUUCCGCUCUCUCCUGCGCCAAUCGUCCCAGUUCUCCAAUUUCAACUUCCGCGACUACGCCCGCCGCAAGACGCGAGACUCAUUCCGCGAACAUAAGAACGAGACAGAGGAGCGUCGGAUACAGGAGUUGAUCCAGGAUGGCUUGCAGAACCUGCGUAUGCUGAAGGUUAGUGGUUGA